GUCAGGAGGCUGUGAAUAAGGCUGGCUCGCGUGCUUUCAGGAACAUGCAGAACACCGGAGGCUGUUCGGGGAUCGUCAUCAGUCCUGCAACGAGAUGUCACGCGCAUUCUGUUCACACUAGCAUCUUUCACCUCUUGUCUUACCGAGGAAACAGCACACGUUACAGAGGGAGACGCACUUUGCAAAGCGUUUGGUCAUUGCAUCUUUCAGAGGGACGUAAAAACAGUGGAUACGUUGACAUGGUAAAGUGCACUCCAGAGUCUCUGGGCUCGCAUUUCUCGUGUGUUAGUUCCGUCCAAGACCGGCUGUAUUAGAUGCUUGUUUAUGAAAGACUUUAAUGCACAUCAUCACAAAUGCUUCACAUUGUUGUUGAGAACGGCGACGUGCUUUUCCCCCGCAAUGAUGUCCUUGUCUUUGUAGCCAACGAGCAGUUGGUGUUUUGAAAGGUUUCUCUAUGCUGGUUUCAUUUAUGCAUCUCAACAUUUGUCAAGGAAGAAGAUGAGAAAUAAUGACUGACAACUGAAGCACUACCUCAUGAGAAGAUCUUCUUUUAUUAUCCAGAUUUUGGACCUCUACAGGUCCGUCCAAAUACACAGAAGUGGUGAAUAUAACUAAAACUUCUUGAUCUUUUCCUUUCGAACCUGUUCGCAAAAACUGACUUGGAGCAUCUUUCAUCAUUGCGUCCCUUUCAAUUCUCUCUCUGGAAAGAGAGAAAACAGGAGCAGACUCUCAGGUUGUGGACACCACGGCAGUAACUGUGGGAGCACAUCCAAAGACAAUGGUCCACUGUGCGGGCUGCGAGAGGCCUAUAUUGGACAGGUUUCUCCUUAAUGUUCUGGACAGAGCCUGGCACAUCAAGUGCGUACAAUGCUGCGAGUGCAAAUGUAACCUAACAGAAAAAUGCUUCUCUCGAGAAGGAAAACUGUAUUGCAAAAACGACUUCUUUAGGCGCUUUGGAACAAAAUGCGCGGGUUGUGCUCAGGGGAUCUCGCCGAAUGACUUGGUCCGGAGGGCACGGAGCAAAGUGUUUCAUCUGAACUGCUUCACAUGCAUGAUGUGUAACAAGCAACUAUCCACGGGGGAGGAAUUGUACAUCAUAGACGAAAAUAAAUUUGUCUGUAAAGACGAUUAUUUAAGCAGCACGAACGGAAAAGACACCAAUCUCCUUUCAGUUACAGCGUGCAGUGAUCCUAGUUUAUCGCCAGAUUCGCAAGACCAGCUGCAGGACGAUGUUAAGGAUGGGGAAAUUGCGAACUUAUCGGACAAAGAAACGGGUAACAAUGAAAACGAUGACCAGAACCUCGGAGGCAAACGGAGAGGACCGCGUACCACCAUUAAAGCAAAGCAACUGGAGACACUGAAAGCGGCGUUCGCGGCGACCCCCAAACCAACCAGACACAUCAGGGAACAACUGGCACAGGAAACGGGGCUCAACAUGCGAGUUAUUCAGGUGUGGUUUCAGAACCGGCGGUCCAAAGAGCGGCGCAUGAAACAGCUGAGCGCGCUCGGCGCGAGGAGACACGCGUUCUUCCGGAGCCCGAGAAGAAUGCGAACGCUAGUGGACAGACUCGAGCCUGGAGAAUUAAUUCCAAACGGCCCUUUUUCAUAUUACGGAGAUUAUCAAAGCGAGUACUACGGUCCGGGAGGGAAUUACGACUUCUUUCCCCAAGGUCCCCCAUCUUCACAGGCCCAGACUCCUGUAGAUCUCCCUUUUGUUCCAUCGUCAGGACCCACCGGUACCCCGCUAGGGGGCAUGGACCAUCCUAUCCCAGGCCACCAUCCAUCCAGUGAAGUACAGCGCUUUUCAGACAUCAUGUCUCACCACCCAGGAGACUCACCCAGUCCAGAGCCAGGGAUACCUGGACCCCUGCACAGUAUGUCCACAGAUGUUUUUGGACCCAGUCCGUCCUUUACAUCCCUCUCCCUCAACGGCAGCGGAUACAGCAACCACCUCUCCCACCCUCCGUCAGAAAUGAAUGAGGGCACGGUCUGGUAGCUUCUGUGAAUGGACAUUUCGGCAGAGAGAAAUGAUUAUAAACAGAGGAAGGAGGGAGGGUGGGAACAGGGACACUGGCCACACAUUCUGGUUCUCAUUUCCCGUUUUUUCACGUCAUAAAUGUGGUGGGACAGCUCACAGAGAGAGCAGCAGAGGGCAGCAUGGGCAUUGACAUUUACCUUCUUGAACUCGUUGUAUUGAUGUUCCGUUUCCUUCUUUCUUUCUUCAUCCCAAGUCCGAACUCAAGAAGAGAAAGAACUGAUACUGUUGACCUGUGUGCUGUAUGAACUCAGCUAUGAGGCCCAGCUUUGCCGCGUCCCUCCAGAAGCUCAAUGCUUGUACCACCGGUUAAACCGCCGCUCUAAAAACAGCGAUUGCGACACAUUAAUAGCAUCAGCUACCGUCAAAGUCUUGUCAGCUUUACAAAGAAACACCCAAGGCGGCUGAUCUAACACUAACCUGCAAUGUUGACUCCAGGAAAGAUCUAAGCCGUCAGACUAAUUUAUUUAUUUGAAAACUCCUCAGACCUCCUUGCCUUUCAAGGCUCUGCCAUACUGACACUUAAACAACCUUUUCAACACUAAAUAUGUUUCUGAAGGCCAGGGAGAAAAAGCUUUUUUUCUCUCAUUCUGGACAUAUCCUGUUAUUUCUAUUUUUUUUUUUUUUCAUUUUUCAAGAAUUCCACCAAAUCUGAAGAAGAUAGCCUUCAAAAGGCAAAGUGUUAAAAUGUGUAUGGCUGGUGAACCCUUUAUUUAAUGGAAGAGAACUUGAAAUGUUGAUAAAUGAAGUCUACCUUCUAAAAUUAUUUUAACAAGGGUCUGAAAGGGACAAAGAACAGUCAACUGUUUACGUAAUAUAUUUAAUUCAGGAGUUAAAAGUAUCAACCAUGAUUUAGAACCUCUUGAUCCAGAAAAAAAUGUUCCAAGCAACCAACCAAACUUUUGUAUUGAUUUUAUUUAUAUUGUAUGAUGAAAACAAGUUUGCUGGGGUUGUGGUUCACUGUGCUAGUUUGUACAAAAUGUUGUUUACAAAAAAAAAAAACUGAAAAAAAAAAAAAAUCAAGUAGACAGUUGCCAAAUAAAAACAUAGCACAAAUACUGUAAAAGUGCUUUGCACCAUUAUCUGCAGAACGUGUUGAAACAAAGUGUAAGUGUUUAAAAAACAAUGAGAAGUAUUGACUUCUUAAUUUUUUUAGUCUGCUGAAAAAAAAAACAUUCAUAAAUUGUUAAUAUAACAUACUUAGACCUACAAGUUUUAUUUUUGUGUCUUUAAAGGAAAAUCCAAACUAUUGAAAUUGAUGGUCAAAUGUGCAGCAAGCAGCUGCUACUUUCUUUAAAUAUCAAAUUCUCAUGGUAUGUCUUUUAUUGUUCUAAUAAACCUAAGCUUACGUGACCUCCAGUGCAUAUUAGACCAUUCACUGUAUAAAUACAACAUGUUGAACAAAUUUGUGAGUUUUUAAUAAAAUUAGAAAAUAUGAAA